AUGGCGCCCAACAUACCCGCGAGGUGCUGGGCAUCAAUACCCCGACCGUCAAGGGCGCCCUCGGCCCUCAUCGCCGGCAUACAACGCCCCCAAACGACGUCGCUAGCCUUCCGACCCGCCCUCUCCGUCGCCGCCGCCGCGCAGACCACCCAGACGCGCGGCGUCAAAUACGGCUGGAGCACCCUCCCGAAGCGUUCGAGCUUCCAGGUAAAAUACAACUCGGGCAACGGCCUGCCGGAGCCGACGACAUCCCCUGCGGCCGCCCAGAAGCGCAAGCAGCGCAACACACCCCUCCGGACGGGGAUCCUGGCGACCAAGAAGGGCAUGACGGCAUACUACACGCAGAACGGCAAGCGCAUGGCCUGCACGGUGCUCCAGGUCGAGGAGUGCCAGGUCGUCGCUCACAAGGACCGCGAGACGCACGGCUACUGCGCCGUGCAGAUCGGCUGCGGGUCGAAGCGCCCCGGCAACGUAACCGCGCCGGAGCUGGGGUACUACGAGGCCAAGGGGAUCCCGCCCAAGGAGCACAUCGUCGAGUUCCAGGUGCGCGACGAGGCGGGGCUGGCACCGCCCGUGGGAGUGCAGCUGCUGCCGGAUUGGUUUCAUAAGGGACAGUGGGUGGACGUCAGGGCGAACUCGAGGGGCCAGGGGUUCGCGGGUGGCAUGAAGAGGCACGGGUUCAGCGGACAAGAGGCGAGUCACGGUAACUCGAAGAACCACAGGACUAUGGGUAGCGCGGGCCCCUCGCAAGGAAGCGGUUCGAGAAUCCUGCCCGGCAAGAAGAUGCCCGGGCGCAUGGGCAAUGAGAGAGUGACGAUGCAAAACCUGGCUGUCCUGCGGGCGGACAACGACCUGGGUAUCAUCGUAGUCAAGGGGUGUGUCCCGGGACCCAAGGGCGCGCUGGUCAGGAUCUCGGACGCGGUCAAGCAGGACCCACCACCGCAGGAGUUCAUUGACAGGAUGAACCAAGCGCUGAACGAGAGAUUCCCCAAUGCCGAACAAGACCUCACUGGGGCACGGAAGAUGCACUUGGAGCUGAAGCAGUUGAGAAAGGAGGGCAGGAUAGUGGAGGCUGUUCAGAUGGGUUUGCAUGAGACCGCUGAGGAGGCUGCGACGCCGAUCGCUGUGUAG